AUGAACCCUGCAUCAAUGCCUCAGCUUAACCCUUCGUCCACUUCGUUUCUUGAAAACACUCCCUCGGGUGGAAUAUCGAGUAUCCGUCCAGGAAGAAUGGGAUUAGCAAGAGAUCCAUCUACGGAUAGUAAUGUUCUUAGUCCAACAGGGGGGUCCAGUGGCCUCGUAGGUGUCGCUUCAGGAGAUCAAGCUAACACCCAAGUAUAUCCACCUGGGAUAUCUUACUUGGCAAGUACCUAUACAAAGACUACAACUCAAUCGAUGCCAACCAACAAUAUACCAAUAAAUCCAAUAGAGCUGAUCAAGCCAUUGAAAAGAAAACAUGGACGAAGAGGAAUGAGAAAUCAAAAGAGGAGACUUGGGCGAACGUGA